AUGUGGACAAUUCCGAAGCCAAAAUAUAGAAGUGGUUUAUGCGCAGAGGGGGAGAUUGCAGUGAACAUUGGCGGAGUCCGAGUGGUGCUUUUCGGGGAUGUUUUGAACCGCUACCCGGAGAGCAGACUUGCGGAGUUGUUGAACUGCUCAGCUCAGAAUUAUGAAGUUAUCUCGUCCCUUUGCGACGACUUCGAUCCGGGCAGAAAAGAGUUUUAUUUUGACCGAGAUCCUGAUGCCUUCAAGUGCAUCAUCGACGUUUACUACUUUGAUGAAAUCCACAUCAAACGCGGCAUUUGCCCCGUCUGUUUCAUCAAGGAGAUGGAGUUCUGGAAAAUAGACCAAAGUGUUUUAGAUGAAUGCUGUAAAAGUUACCUAAGUGAGAAGGAGGAGGAGCUGAAAGAGAUUGCAAACAAGGUGAAAGUUAUCCUUGAGGAUCUGGAGGUGGAUCAGUGCAUUACGCGCACCCAGCGGUGCCAGAGGUUCCUGUGGAGAAUGAUGGAGAAGCCGGGUUCCUCCCGGCCGGCGCGCGUCAUUGCCAUCGCAUCCUUCCUCUCUAUCCUGGUAUCGGCGGUGGUGAUGUGCAUAGGGACCAUCCCGGAGCUCCAGGUGACGGAUACCAAUGGAAAACUGAUCGAGCACCCGAUCCUAGAAGCGAUCGAGACCGUCUGCAUGUCAUGGUUCACAGCGGAGUACUUACUUCGUCUCGCCUCCUCUCCGAACAAGCUGCGCUUUGCGCUCUCCAUCAUGAACGUCAUAGACUUUAUGGCCAUAAUUCCUUUUUACGUAGUCAUGUCCCUCACCUACCUGGGCACCACAUCCAUGAUGGAGCUGGCUAACGUCCAACAGGCUGUCCAGGCUCUCCGCAUCAUGCGUAUCGCGCGUAUUUUCAAGCUGGCGCGCCACUCCUCCGGGCUGCAGACUCUGACCUACGCGCUCAAGAGGAGCCUCAAAGAGCUGGGGCUGCUCCUCAUGUACAUGGGCGUGGGAAUCUUUGUGUUCUCGGCGCUGGCCUACACCAUGGAGCAAAGCCAUCCAGAGACCCUUUUCAGGAGCAUCCCGCAGUCUUUCUGGUGGGCCAUCAUCACCAUGACCACGGUGGGCUAUGGAGACAUCUACCCCAAAACCACGCUCGGCAAGUGCAACGCAGCCGUGAGCUUUUUGUGUGGGGUGAUAGCCAUCGCCUUGCCCAUCCACCCGAUCAUAAAUAACUUUGUGGUCUACUACAAUAAGCAGAAAGUGUUGGAGACUGCGGCGAAGCAUGAAGUAGAGCUGAUGGAGCUGAAGUCCGGCAGGGACACGCGCAGAAAAAGCAGGGAUUGAGACAUUAAAACUGUGGACGCAGCAAA